CCAAAUAUUUCCAUUCUUCUUCUUCUUCUUAGGUAUAAUAUAUAAUAUAGUAAUUUAAGUUCCAUUUGAAGAGAAGAAAAAUGGCAAAGAGUGGGUACAAUGCUAGCUUAUUGCUGCUUCUCUCAAUGUUCUUGAUUUUGCUCACUUUCUCCAAUGUGGUUGAGGGUUACAACAGGCUCCGUCCAGCAGAUUGCAAGCCAAGAUGUACUUAUAGAUGCUCAGCAACAUCACACAAGAAGCCAUGUAUGUUCUUUUGUCAAAAAUGUUGUGCAACAUGUUUAUGUGUUCCUAAAGGAGUUUAUGGCAACAAACAAUCAUGCCCUUGUUACAACAACUGGAAGACUCAAGAAGGAAAACCUAAAUGCCCUUAAUUAAAAUAUUAAUUAUGGAAAUUAAUCUUUUUUCCAAUAAUUAAUGGAAAAGAUUAAGAGAGUACUAUGGUCAUAUUGUGUUUUGUAUUGCAUUAAUUUAACUUCUAUUUUGGAGUACUUUUGAUGUAAUGUUUUAAGCAUUUUGUAUUUCUCUACUUAUGUUAUAAUGUUGUCAGCGUCUAAGAUGAGUUGUAGUACUGGAGCGAUAUAUGAAUCGUAUAUUAGGAUUCAUAUAGCAAUUUGCUUGGAGUUGAAGUGUUAUUGUAAUCUUUCUUUUUUAUGACGAGAAUAUACUUUUAUCUUUUUGAU